AAUGUCUUUAUUUACUCGAUCGCUGAAUCGAUUUGGCGGUUCUUCUUCAGAAGGUGUCCCACCUAAUGAGCAGAAUAUCACGUACCGCAAAAAGAUUUCCGCAGUUUCAACCUCACUUCAAGGUGACGAUGGCCUUGUCGCUGCUUCACCACGCAAUUGUUACGCAAGAAACAACGUGAUUUCACAUCGUCGACGAGUUUUCGAUGAGCCCGACGGUGCGACGAUGAGCUCGCCAGCUCGAACUCCUGUUGAGCAAAGAGCAGCUGAAAUACGUCGGAUGAAUAGCCAAACGGAGGCAAAUUUGCAUAAAGAGAGAAAUCAUGCUCCACCGCCUAUGCCAAUCGAAGGACUCCCACCUCCGACUUCACAGAAUCAGAAGAAAUCACGUACCUCGUCAUCCUCACUUGCUUCGGUAUUCAGAAGUCGAGCCAGCUCGCCGAUUGAACGAAUGCGGAAAUUUAUUGGGAGAUCAUCAUCCAAGCAACCAAAAGAAAUAGUGGCUGCAUCACCUCCAUCAACAUCUACUACACCAACUCCGUCUUCAACUGACAAUCACCACAUCAUUGAAGAGCUUGAAAAAGUUAGAAACGAGCUGGCUCAGACGAAACUCAAGCUCGCGGAGCAAAACAAACAGCUUCACGUUGUGCAAAAGGUUCACUGUUCGCAACAAGUUGACGUAAUUCCGGUAGCAAACGUUGCCACUAUGACAGAAAAUCUGAUUGAAGAGAAACGUGUUGAGAGCUCAUCAGACAAGGAAAACGUUCACCCGGAUAUUAUAUGUAUUGAAGAUGCUGGAUAUAAAGCACGAAUUCAAGAUUUGCAGCAGGAAAUUGCAUUUUUGAAGAGAGAAAAAUCCGAGCAAAAUGAGGAAUUCCGUCAAACUCGCAAGGAUUUCAUUUUAAUUCUCAAGGAAGCUGUUUUGCGGAAGGAUGAAGCUGAACGUCAAUUGGAAACUAUUUCAAAAAGCAUAUACGAUGAAGAUGACUGGGUUAAUCUGACGUCACAGCAUAAGAAUACCCUUCGAAGAAAUGUACUUCUCAUGUGGGUACAGGAAAAACUAGAACUCUACUCGGAUCAAUUGACAGUUUCCAACUUCAGUUCUGACUGGACUGAUUGCCGUGCUUUCUGUGCUCUUCUCUAUGAUCUCUUCCCAGAUACAAUGCCAGAUGUAACUGUUUCUCCAAUUGUUGGUGACUGCAUUUCUCGUUGCCGUCGUACUUUUCAACUUCUUGAAAUUCCAUUCGAUGAACGUGCUCUUGGAAUUUCUUCGCCAACUGCUGAUUCUGGAGCAGAUGAGGAUUCGUCUUCAGCUUGCAGUGUAAUUACUGGACUCACCGAUUGGCGUUAUAUUAUGAAUACAGUAUUCAUGCUCUACAAGCGAGGAGUUCUUGGAAAAUAAUAUCAAGCAUUCCCCAGUUAAUCAAUUCCAUGAUAUUUUCUUUCCCAUUUCAAUUCUCUCAUAUUUGUUCCAUAAUUCCCGAGAAGCACAUUUCAGUGAUUAUUUCUCAUUGCCAAUUUUCCUAUGAUCUUUGCUUUCAGAACCGAUGAUCCUUACCCCUCGAGUUCUGUUCUUUUCCCUCUUUUUCAGUUCAAUUCCUUGUAUGAUACUGGUUUUCCGUUUCGCUCAUUUCUUUUGUCCCAUAGUUUAUAAUAAAUCAAAUCGACUUGG